CCUGCGCCCACUGCUUAGUUCGAUUUAAAACAUACAUCUACAAUUAAUGACCCAUCUGGCCUGAUGAAAGUGGUCCAGUCCCAGUCCAGUCCAUCAAAGUCUCAAUGCGCUAAGAUUUUUGAUAAGCCGAAAGAGUAGAGUAGACACUGUCGCAGGCAGCAGCAGCACCUAGGGGAACCUGAACUCACCUGGGAUUGUGCGCCACCCUCUGCCCCUUCGCCGCCUUAUCUUCUCUGUUUCGCCUUUCCCAAACGACAAAUUCCCUCCUCUAAAUCCGAACUAAACCUUUUCCUAAAGAUGGUGCCGCUUCCUCAAAACCCAACACCCAAAUUUAAAAUACUCAAGUAAUCCAAAUCCCAACCUCGAAUUUCCACCCAACUUCAAGGGUGUUAUAGUAACAUCAUUAUAAUUUUCAGCAAUGCUUAUAUCCCCACACUACUUGUCUAAAUUGCUACAAGUCUACAACAGAUUUGAACUUGGUUUGCGGCUUGAAUUUGAGGCUUAAAAAGGGUGCUUCUUUUUUUCCUUUUUACAUUUUCAAAUGUGAGGCUUUUUGUUAGUUGUGAAGAUUCAGUAGUCAAAUCCAUCACAAGAAAGCUGUUGGCUCACAAUAUUUACCUUCUCUUGUCAUUCAUUGUGAUUUGAUCAUCUUUGUAUGGACGCCUAUACAAGAGAAUCAAAUAGCAGAAUAUUUUGCUCCGUUUCUGUAAACAACUGAUCAACACAAAAAGUGGGAAAAACUGAUAUUUGGAUCCAAAAAUAAACAGCUCAUUGUUUCUUGCUUUGUAGCUGUUAGUUUAACUUGUUUGACUCCGUGAUUUUUGAACCUCUUCCAAAAAAAAAAAAGCUAGUUGUGUUGUAUAGAUGUAUUGCGGUUCACUUUUUGGGUAGCUGCCGCUUUGCUGUUCUUGUCAAACAGUGGUUUGAUCUAAAUCCGAACCUAAUUUAAGCAAAAGGAAUUAGUUUCCUGUUAUCUGAGACAAUAACUUAGCUUGAUCUUCAUGAAAUUGGCCAUCACCUGUGGAAUAUUCAUACUCAAAUUUCACAAGAAGCAGAAACUAAAAGGCAUUUGAAAAGUGGCGUUUUUUUUUUUUUUUUUGGAGGGUGAGCGAUUCUGAGCAGUUCAUGUGAAUCAGUGAAAAAGGUCUUGUCAUAGAUGCUGGUAUUGCUCUGUCUCUCAGCAGAUUAUCUGGAAUGGAAUAGGUAGCGAUGUUGUUGGUACAUGUCCUAGAAUCCAACAUGGUGGGAGCAGAUCAAUAAUGCAAAUGUUUUGCUUUUGUUUUUUGUGCCUUUUAAGACAAUUUUUUUGGCCUCCACAAUGGUAAUUGUUAUUAAGAUAGUUUUUAAGAGUUGAAUCUAUUGACGAAGUUUCAUAGAAAUUCAUUGUGCCAAAUGAGUCGAGAACAGAAGAAGGAAAAGCAGGAAAAAGGCGGCAUCGAUAUGGCCGAGAAAGUUGUGGUUGCUAUUAAGGCAUCGAAAGAAAUUCCUAAGACUGCUCUGGUGUGGGCUUUGACUCAUGUUGUUCAACCUGGAGAUUGCAUUACGUUGCUUGUUGUUGUCCCUUCACAUGGUUCAGGUAGAAAAUGGGGUUUUCCAAGAUUUGCUGGUGACUGUGCCACUGGUAGUCGCAAGUCUCCAUCAGGAUCAAGUUCAGAGCAAAAGUCUGAUAUCACCAAUUCCUGCUCCCGGAUGAUCCUCCAGCUCCAGGAUGUUUAUGAUCCAAACAAGAUUAAUGUCAAGAUAAAAAUUGUUUCUGGAUCACCAUAUGGAGCAGUAGCUGCAGAGGCCAAGCAAGCCCAAGCUAGUUGGGUUGUAUUGGACAAGCAGCUCAAACACGAGGAAAAAUGUUGCAUGGAGGAGUUGCAAUGCAACAUAGUGAUUAUGAAGCGUUCACAGGCGAAAGUUCUCCGCUUAAAUUUGGUUGGGUCACCUGAGAAGGAAGCUGAAGCUUCUUGUCAAUUAAAUUCUGAGAUAGAUGAAACAUCUGUAAAGUAUCCGAAGAACAAAGAUGGAUCAACUGAUUCUAUUAGAGGGUCAGUUGUCACUCCAACUGGCAGUCCAGAGCUACGGACACCAUUUACUGCUACUGAAGCAGGAACUUCUUCAGUGUCAAGCUCUGAUCCAGGCACUUCACCUUUUUUCAUCUCAGAAGGGAAUGGAGACUCCAAGAAGGAGGAAUCCUUAGUCAUCAAGGAAAAUCAGGAUCUUGAUGAAUCUAAUUCAGACACAGAGAGUGAAAAUUUAUCCUUAUCUUCAGCAAGUUUAAGGUUCCAACCAUUGAUAACAGAAUAUCUUACUUCUCAUCAUCAUUCCUCACAACACCUAGAAGAAACUUCUGGUAGAGCUAAUGACAGGGCUCAAGCUUCAACAACAAAAGCUGUGCUGGAGAAAUUUUCAAAACUUGAUAGAGAAGCUGGAAUUGGAAUAUCAAGCUUCAGAAGUGAUAUUGAAUUUAGUGGAAAUCUGAGAGAAGCAAUUUCAUUAUCCAGAAAUGCCCCCCCUGGCCCUCCCCCAUUGUGUUCAAUAUGUCAGCAUAAGGCACCUGUAUUUGGAAAACCACCUAAGUGGUUUACCUAUGCUGAAUUGGAGCUUGCUACUGGUGGAUUUUCACAAGUUAAUUUCUUGGCUGAGGGUGGGUUUGGAUCUGUUCAUAGAGGAGUACUUCCAGAUGGGCAGGCAAUUGCAGUCAAGCAACACAAAUUGGCUAGUUCUCAAGGAGAUCUUGAGUUUUGCUCAGAAGUGGAAGUCCUCAGCUGUGCUCAGCACAGGAAUGUUGUUAUGCUGAUUGGGUUCUGCAUUGAGGAUAGAAGGCGGCUGCUGGUUUAUGAGUACAUAUGCAAUGGAUCCCUAGAUUCUCAUCUAUAUGGGCAUCAUCAGGAACCUUUAGAAUGGUCUGCACGGCAAAAGAUUGCUGUAGGAGCUGCUAGAGGUCUGAGAUACCUUCAUGAAGAAUGCAGAGUUGGCUGCAUUGUGCACCGUGACAUGCGGCCAAACAACAUUCUCAUCACCCAUGAUUUUGAACCUUUGGUUGGUGAUUUUGGCCUUGCAAGAUGGCAGCCUGAUGGUGAUACUGGAGUGGAAACAAGAGUGAUUGGAACAUUUGGGUAUUUGGCACCAGAAUAUACUCAAAGUGGCCAAAUUACAGAAAAAGCCGAUGUUUAUUCCUUUGGAGUGGUGUUGAUUGAACUUGUUACUGGACGGAAAGCUGUGGACCUUAAAAGGCCAAAGGGCCAGCAAUGUCUAACUGAAUGGGCACGUCCGCUUUUGGAAGAAUAUGCUAUAGAUGAAUUGAUGGACCCAAGAUUGGAGGAUUGCUAUUCAGAGCAUGAGGUCUAUUGCAUGCUUCAUGCCGCAUCUUUAUGCAUAAGGCGGGAUCCUCAUUCUAGGCCUCGAAUGUCACAGCAGGUGCUCCGUAUAUUAGAAGGUGACAUGCUCAUGGACACAAAUUACAUAUCACCAGGAAAUGAUGUUGGCAACCAGAGUGGCCGGGUAUGGGCGGACCAACGACAGCAUUACAGUGGACCCAUGGUAAAUGAGGCAUUGGAAGGGUUCAGUGGGAAGCUCUCCCUGGAUGGAAUAAGGCCUGGGGCCAGGAGGAUUUCAUGUGAAGAUAAUUUGUAAAAAGCACAUGGGUUUCUUUACACGCAUGGUUAGCUAAAUAUAUAUGUGGCCUUUUGGUUAUAUUUUUCUUUUUUCAUUUUUCUAAUGUCAUCUUGAUUUUGCUUUUGUAUAGUAGUAGUAGCAUUGGAAGCAAGGCUUUUUGUAAUUCUUUUCGAAAAUGCCGAUUUCCUCAGUCAUGGUGGGCAUGCCUUCUAAUUGAAUCAAUGAAUUUGCUUGGGGAAUAUGGUUGUCUUUUUGUGCAUUAAAGUUUAGGGCGGACUCUACGUUUUAGAGAUGAUUUACAUUAUACGUACAAAUCACUAUAAAAGAAAUUGCUGCUAACAAAAUUCGAUUUACGAACGAAUUAUUUGAAAUUU